ACUGUCCUAAUUGGAGACGGAGAGUCUUAUUGUGACUCAUUUAUUAUGGUGCUUUCUGGAUUGAUUUCUAUUCUCAUCAGGGUCUUCAAUUUUCUAGUAGGUCAAAUUUCUCUCUCUCUCUCUCUCUCGCGCUCGCUAAAUCUGGAGAGAGAGAAGGAGAAAGAGAGAGAAACUGUGAGGCAGGUCCACACAGAGAGCUAGAGGUAUAGCUGCCCCAACUUGCAUUUGUGUAGUAAUGCAGCAACAACAGAUUGGAAGCCCACUACUCUGCCUACUUAUAAAUCUAUAAUUGAGCCUCUCCUUCUUCAAAAUAUCUUUCUCUCUUCUCUGCACUCCCACAAUUCCUUUCCAGAGAAUUUAAAGCUUUAUCUUCUUUCUCUCACUAUGGAAAUGGAAAUGGGAUUAUUAUUCCCAGGGAAAGUUCUUGUAUUCUUCUUCUUCUUCUUUUCCCUUCUAUUUUUAUCUUUGACCGACAUCAUUGUUGCUACUCUGGGGCCGAAACAGAGAGAGAUAGAUCGAAUCUCUGUACUCCCUGGACAACCACCAGUGCCAUUCAACCAGUUUUCUGGGUAUGUUACAGUCAAUGAGCAAGAUGGUCGAGCUCUCUUCUACUGGCUGACUGAAGCCACUACAUUUCCUGAGAAAAAGCCUCUUGUUCUUUGGCUUAAUGGAGGACCAGGAUGUUCCUCAGUUGCAUAUGGAGCAUCAGAGGAAAUUGGACCAUUUCGGAUCAAUAGGACUGGUCAAUCUCUCUAUCGUAACAAGUACUCCUGGAAUACAGAAGCAAAUAUUCUAUUUCUUGAAUCUCCUGCUGGAGUGGGUUUCUCAUAUACUAAUACAAGUUCCAACCUUAAAGAUUCCGGAGACAAAAGGACAGCUCAGGAUGCUCUGGUUUUUCUCCUUCGUUGGAUGUCACGGUUUCCAGAAUAUAAGUACAGAGAAUUCUACAUUGCUGGGGAAAGUUAUGCAGGACAUUAUGUACCACAAUUAGCAAAGAGAAUCGUGGAUUACAAUAAAGCAAAUUCUCAUCCCAUCCUCAAUCUUAAAGGAUUUAUAGUGGGCAAUGCUGUGACAGAUAAUUACUAUGAUAGCAUUGGAACUGUGACAUUUUGGUGGACACAUUCCAUGAUAUCCGAUCAGACGUACCAGUCAAUCCUCAAACACUGCAAUUUCAGUGCAGAGGAAGCCUCUAAACACUGUGACAACGCAGUGAGCUAUGCAAUGAACCAUGAAUUUGGAGAUAUAGACCAGUACAGCAUUUACACUCCAUCUUGCAUGGCAUUGCCUAACAAAACAAUGCAAAUCAUGAGGCUCAAAAAUACUCUUCUGCGUCGAAGGGUUACUGGGUAUGAUCCAUGCACCGAGAAUUAUGCAGAGAAAUAUUACAACAGACCAGAUGUUCAGAAGGCCUUGCAUGCAAACACUACAGGGAUUCCUUACAAAUGGACUGCUUGCAGUGAUGUUCUUCUUAAGUAUUGGACGGAUUCUGAAAACUCCAUCUUACCAACUUACAAGAACCUGAUUGAAGCUGGUUUAAGAAUCUGGGUUUUCAGUGGGGACACCGAUUCAGUUGUUCCGGUGACAGCCACAAGAUUCUCCCUCAGCCAUCUCAACCUUAAAAUCAAAACCAGGUGGUAUCCAUGGUACUCAGGGAGGCAGGUAGGAGGAUGGACAGAGGUUUAUGAUGGCCUAACUUUUGCAACCGUUAGAGGAGCAGGCCAUGAAGUUCCACUCUUUCAGCCCAAGAGAGCUUUCAUCCUUUUCAGGUCAUUUUUGGCAGGAAAAGAAUUGCCAAAAUCUUGACAUUGUAAUCAAGAAACAUAGAUAUUUGAUCACAUAGAUAUUUGAUCCAAGAGUAAUUGAUCCGUCAGAGCAAAAUCCGUAUUUAACGAUGAAGAGACUAGAUUAGGAACCAUUCAUUGAAAUUAGUUUUGAUAUUAUCAUGAAGCAAGUAGAUUGGGGUCAAUUUGGGAAAUCUUCAGACAGAUUAUGAAUUAAAUUUGUUAUUUCACUUGGAAAUUCUUCAACGCAAGUACAAUAAGAUCCAAGAAUUUUCUUGGAUAGCAUAACAUAGAGUACCUGCGUCUUUUAAUGUGUAUAGUUCUUAAGUCCAAGGAUUAUUAAAUUCCUGAUUAACUAUUUCAACAAAUGCAUUUUCAUUU